AUGCCCACUAGCCUCGAUACUAUCAACAACAGCAUCUCCAUCAUUGACGGUUCUUCUUCGUCCAGUCUUCACGCUCGUUCCUUUCGCAACUCUGCCCCCUACGCGGACCCUCACGCCCAGGACCCCCUUCAGCUCGUCUCCUCCGACGACCUUUGUCAGAACAGAACCUUUGAGGAUGGCGACUACUACUGUUCCCGCGUCGACCAAGUCAUCUACACGAACGUCGCCCGCGACGGUGAAUACCGUCAAGUCGCCUACAUGAACGACGAGACCGGCGAGUGUCGUUUCGCCGCAGUUAACCACACUUUCUCAGGAGAACUCACCCCAUUCAACGAGCCGGUCGCUCUCAUCUUCCGUGGCCCCAUCCACCUCAAGCAACUCGGCAUCUACACCCCGGACGGAACCACCUACUCUCGCAUCGGCUACUACAACGCCGCCCAACAGACCACCAAGGGUAUUUCCUUCCUCGGCAACCGCGGCGGUGAAGGCUCAGGCGUAGUCAGCAAAACCUUUGGCGCUUCCCUUUCCUUUAUCAACCCCCACGCCACCGGCGGGGCCGCGUCUCCCCAGGUUCUCGCCAACGAGGUCAUCACGGGCGAAUUUGUCGUCAUGACGGACCAGGACUGCGAUGCUUCCUGCGGUUAUGUCCGUCCUGGUUCCGUGGCUAAGAAGGGAUUCCCCGGUACAUCCCGCAUAUUCCUGCUUGAAUUCUCCAUGCCUCACACCGGCGGAGCCGACAUGCCCGCCAUCUGGCUGGAGAACGCCCGCGUCCCGCUGACGCAACAAUACGGCGCUUGCUCAUGCUGGACUUCGGGGUGCGGCGAGUGGGACGUCUUUGAGAUUUUGCAUGCUGGGUACGAGCGCGCCGAGACGACGUUCCACUUGGAUCCGCCUGUUGGUGACGCGAAUUGGUUUCAGCGCCCUGUUGAUCAGAAUGCUCCGAUUAAAGUGGUAGCGGUGUGGUUCGAUCCGGUCGAUGGCGGUACGGCGAGCGUAAAGGUUCUGGGAAGGAGCGAUGGCGUGGAGUUCGGUGGGCAGUUGAGUGCGGGUGAGGUUGGUGAGGUGAAGAAAAGGAGUGACGGGGUGGUUAGCGAGACGAACUAUGCUGUUCGUCGUGGUCAGGCUUGA